GUCGUGUUCAGUACUGGCGCGCGGGCGUAGGCGGCGCGGAAACUCGCGGGGCAUGCGAGCGCGAGGGUCCAGAGGACCUGCCGCCCGCAUGCGCGGCUCUCAACGCCCCCUCGUUUGGCGAACGCGUGGCAGAUGUGCGAGUGCGCGGAACUUGCGAGUGGGCGACGCGCGCGGUGUGCUGGCGCGCUUGGCGCGACCUGCUUCCGGACUACCACUUCGACAAGCAUCCCCUCGGCGCCGGCCAGCGGGGCGCCGCCGACCUGUGCCGCCUGGGGGGCGCCGGCUCCGCGGCGGAGGCGCGCCUGUUCCUGGCGGCGAAUUAUUUUCCAGGCGCCUGUGCAGCUGCUCUCGCCCUCGCGCGCUGCCCGGCCGGGCGUCGCUCGGCGGUGGUCUGCCACGGUUGCCAAGGACGCGUUGGCGAUGGCGGGUCUUUUGCCCCUGCUAGCGAUGAGAUGCGCUUGCGCGACUACGCGGUGCAUCCUGUUCGCUGCUGGUUAGGGCCGGGAGGGCGCGAGGUCGCGCGCGAGCGCUUCGAAGGCGUGGCGCCGCCAGGCCCUGCUAGCGGCGCCGCGUCUUGCUCGGUGCUCGGAUGCAGCGCGAGCGAGUUCGCGCCUGCGGUGGCCGUGCUAUCUGAUCAUGAGCUCGCGCGCGUGGGGCGCAUGUGCAUGUUCUGGCAGCGUGCGUCCACGGUCCACGAGAGCCUGCCGGAAAUGCUGGCGGGCGCGCCGUCUGUCCCGGGCAGCGGGCAGGGCGCUUUCCAAAGUGGGCGCGCUGAAGCUCCGGCGAGCGUCCGACUGGAUGACGGAGCACAAACUAACUUCUUCGGCGUGGAGUGGCGGGGCGACGCUGCAGCUGCGUGGGGGGCCGAGGACGUGCAGGUGGGGGUCGUUCGCGAGGCCGACGAGGACUUGGGCCAGGCGCCUCCUGCCUGUGUCCGGCGCUUGCU